UUUUGUUCUCAAAUCAGCAGCUCCAGUAUUUUAAUUUACAAUUAAAAAACAAUCACAGUGAUAUUUGAAAUUUUAUUUUGAAGGUUCGUGCUUCUGAGUUGGGUUUCUUUGCUCUUCUUUGUUAUAUUCUUUCUUGGGGUUACUCCGGACUGCUAUAUACUCCGCUCCUUCAACUGGGCCUGACACCCGGCUCCUUACAGCAAAAAAAAACAAAAAUGCAUUGUGUCAACAUUAAUCGUAUCAGCCCAGUUAAUUAGCUAAGUCAGAUCACUUUAAAUGAAGGUGAUGUUGAUGAUGAUGUGGUGUUGUACGUGGUUGGACUGUGUAUGUUCACUGGAGGAGAUGAAUAUGAAGCAGCAAUAAAUCUCAAUUUCGAUCGACAACAAACAAUUUCAAUUCCUCAGGAUUACUUAAACGCAGUUCCGCUUCAAUAUAUCUGCGCAAUUUGCUACAAAGAGCCGUAUAAGCGCUCAAAUCGGAAAUAGAAAAUUUUUUGUAUUGAAAAUAGGUUUUAUAAGGAAGGAGAGUGUGAGUUUAAUUUUUGUUUUAUGUUUUUUCUUUUAUUUUUUUUUUGUUAUAAGUUGGUUGCAAUUGUAGUGUAUGUGUAGUAUACGAAGUCAUGCCGCUACUUAAUUGCGGCUCCCUUUCUCGUCACAUUCGCGUCUCAGAUGGCCGCUCUUGCCGCAGCCGUAGCAUGUCUUCGCUGUAUCCGGACAGUGCUUGGAAAUGUGGCCUGUGCGGUUGCACUUAUAGCAUGAAAUGUUGCUAACAUUUCGAUCGUUAAGAGCUUCUGGGCAAUUACGCGCCCAGUGACCAAGCUUGUUGCACUUAUAGCAAGUGGGAUUGUCAGCCUGUGAACACUCCUUCGAGAUGUGCCCAAUUCCAUUGCAACGAUAACAGCGUUCUGCUUCCUCGGGGCAUGUACGCGCAAAGUGACCAAGUUGAUUGCACUUGUAGCACUUUUCGCGAGCACCUCCGCGUCUCAUAUCACGGCCUCCUCCUCCUCCUCCUCCUACCAUACCACCACCGGCGUUGCAGUCGCGGGCAAAGUGGCCUGGACGGUUGCACUUAUAACACGUGGGAGCUGACAUUUUUCUUCCUUGCUUAUCUGCUAUCGCGGGUGUCUUACCAACUAAAAAGUCUUUGCCACAGUCCAAACGUUAAAACAACUAAAUGCAGCGCGCUCCUCUCGGUGAAAAUUGCUUUCACCACUCCACGCACUGAACACAAAUCGAAAUGGCUGCCGACGUCGACGUUCGUCCAAAAGCGCCUCCGACUACUUUACAAAAAUGCCCCACAAAACUCGAAAACCAGGGUUACCUGUCUCUAAUCCAUACAUAUACAUAAGUGUUGCCAAUCCUUUUACAUGCAUUUCCACUACCUCAUGUAAAUUUGCUUAAUUUAGGCCACAAACAUGGUAAUUCACAAAGUUUGAUAUAUAUAAAUAAUUUGAGAUAUAUAAAUAAACAUAACUGAAACAUUAUGGCAUAAUAAAAACUUUGCAUUGCACAGAAAAUGCAGCGUGGCAAUAAGUGCAUUUUAUCCUCGCAAGAUGGCGCUAAGGGCUUUCGACAGAGUUCUCAAUGAAGGGGUUACUUAAUUGCAAGGGAUACACAUCGAAACUGCAGCGGACAAUACCCUCCGGUCACAAAAGUGUUGCCUAACUUUUGUUUCGCAACGAUGCCCCAGAUUGAGUGUUGCCAUUGUUUUUCAAUAUAAUUUAGUGGCAGUACUAAAUUAUUUGCAGUUACAGAGAUCCACAAGAAAUAAAAUUUAUGAACUCGGUUUGGCUAUUUAGUUAAGAGGUUAAGGGUAGUCAGUUUUCAAAAAAAAAAAAAGUCGAAAAUUUAAAUAAGUCAGACAAAUGCUUUGCGUUAUUCUAUAAAUAGCAAAAGGUUCUCGGCUGCUCUGGAACGUUCAGGUAAAACUUCAAAUGCCUAGAUUUCAUAACUAUGUGUUUUGAAGUAAUGACCACUGUAGCUCGAAAACCGGUUGUAGAUUUUAGUGAAACUUAUAGAGCUUUUUGAAAAUACGCAACAUGGCCGAAGAGCGUUUUUUAAUUUCGAUUUUUUUAAACAAUUAACUGUUGGUUUUUUCUCUCAAAUCCGCUCCCUUUUUUUUAAUUAAAAAAGCUCACAUCAGGCACUUGAUUACCUAUUAAUAAAACUAAUUUUAUUUUGUCCGAUUGAUCUUAGAUGAAUCUUUAAGGAUUAGUGAUGGUCGACGCACGGAGCUUCGAUUGGAACUGGAUCAGCACAGCCAUUACUUUGAAAAUUAGUUAACAAUCAAGUCGAAACUUCAUUUAAUAUUGCUAUUGCUAUAUAAAACAAAAUUAGUUACUGUAAAAAAAAUUAUUUAAAAUUGUAAUUUUUUCAUCUCUCCAAAUGAAUUUAUAUUUCCGUUAAAUUUGUUGAUUGUUUUCACUCUGUGGUAUUUCACAAUAAUCCAAAAACUUAUAACGAACUUAUUUGACACCCUGCAUUUAGAACACAUCUGAUUUUGUCAACAAAUUGGAAAUUGUAUAAAGUCAAAAUAUUAGUUGGCUCAAGAUACGUUUAUGUAAAUAUUUAAAAUGCUGCACCGGCAGCGGUGUUGAACAAUUCGAACUACGAAGAGUGUUUAAGAAAUGUGCUCGUUGACAUGUUUAAAUCCCAUCGCAAUCGCACUCAAUUUGCUAUUGCUUGUGAUAGCGCCCUUAUCAGGAGUACAUCAUCCACCCAUUCACGAUAUUAUCACAACCCAAGAUAUUAUAGCUGGUGAUGUCUUCUUUGAGAUAACAGAACCUGCUGUGCUGGAGUACACGUAUCGGUUGCGACCGGCGAAAGAUUUUGGUGUAUCAUUUGUCUCACAGCGAUUCACAGGAAUUGCAUUAGUUUUAACGCAACCAUCAGAUGCAUGCUCAAAAAUUAGAAACUAUCGCGAACUUCGUGGCAACGUAGCAUUAAUUAAAAGAGGCGAAUGUUCGUUCUUAACAAAAACUAUCAACGUUGAACUUGCUGGCGCCAAAGCUGCUAUAAUGACAGAAUUUGACGAUGAUUCGGCUGAGUUUGAGUAUUACAUAGAAAUGGUACAUGACAACACAAGUAGAGAAGCUCAUAUACCAGCCGGAUUUUUGCUAGGCAAAAACGGGGUUAUAAUUCGAUCAACGUUAAUGAGUCUACGACGGCCACAUGCCAUUAUAAAUAUACCAGUGAAUUUAACAUUUGUGCCACCUGCUCAAAUAAAUCAUCCGCCCUGGUUGGGUUGGUAAAUUCGUUUAUCAAAGACAUAGAUGGAGAACUUGAUGAACAAAUCCAAAAAUAAUAACCAAAGUGCAUUCAUUCAACUGACUCACCAUAGAAAUGGCUAUGUAGGCUGCUAAAUAUGAGAUUUAUUUGUAAUGUGCAAUUCUUUAUUUUUAUAUACAAAAACAGAUCAACCUGCUAAAUCAAAUUUA